UAUUAAAAUCACCAUUUUUCGUCAACAAAUUGCACCUAAAUUAAUCUUCUGACGAUGUUGAUGUUUUGCCCCACCUGCGGUAAUCUGCUACUGGUGGAAGAAGGUACAGAUUCGCUUCGGUUUUCGUGCAACACCUGCCCGUACAUCUGCAAGAUAAAACGCAAGAUUUCGACACGCAUCUAUCCGAAGUUGAAGGAAGUGGAUCAUGUUAUGGGCGGUUCUGCUGCCUGGGAAAACGUAGAUUCGACUGAUGCUGAUUGCCCCGCGUGUGCCCACAAUAAAGCAUAUUUUAUGCAGAUACAAACCCGCUCCGCUGACGAACCUAUGACCACAUUCUACAAGUGCUCUAAUCCUACCUGCGGCCACAAUUGGAGGGAAUAGAUUGCCA